UUCAGCAAGACUGGCUCAUGAUUCCAGUGACUCUUCAGUUUCUGCCUCCUACAGCUGGAUUGUGGUGUUUUUCUGAAGUUGUUCAUUGAGACUUCUCAGCAUUGCUGCCAAGAUAAAUAGGUGAGGCUGCUGGCCGCUGGGACUCAGCACUCCGUAUGAAUGCCGUCAGCCCGGGAUCCAGACCUCACUGCUUCUGCUGCCUCGGACUGGACUGAGCGACCCUCGCCGAGACUUCCUUCCCGGACCUCCUCGCAACUCACAGCUGUCUUUCUGGAUUGACCCCGUGGACAUCAAUAUGUGUCAUGUCAUUGUCACCUGCCGCUCGAUGCUCUGGACCCUCCUGAGUAUCGUCGUGGCCUUUGCUGAGCUCGUCGCCUUCAUGAGCGCCGACUGGCUGAUCGGGAAAGCCAAGACCCGCGGCGGCGACGACCAGGCAGGCACGGACUCGGAGCCCCACUACCUGGGCAUCCUCUGCAUCCGCACCCCUGCCAUGCAGCAAGUCCCUCGGGACACAUUGUGCGGGACCUACGCCAAGAGCUUCGGGGAGAUAGCCAGCGGCUUCUGGAAAGCCACCGCUAUUUUCCUGGCCGUGGGGAUCUUCAUUCUCUGCGUAGUGGCCUUGGUGUCCGUCUUCACCAUGUGCGUGCAAAGCAUCAUGAGAAAAAGCAUUUUCAACGUCUGCGGGCUCCUGCAGGGAAUCGCAGGUCUGUUCCUCAUCCUCGGCCUGAUCUUCUACCCUGCAGGCUGGGGCUGCCAGAAAGCCAUAGACUGUGGACGGUAUGCAUCCCCCUACAAACCUGGAGACUGCUCCUUGGGCUGGGCCUUUUAUACUGCCACUGGGGGCACAGUCCUCACCUUUAUCUGUGCCGUCUUCUCCGCACAAGCAGAAAUCGCAACCUCCAGUGACAAAGUCCAGGAAGAGAUUGAAGAGGGGAAAAACCUCAUCUGCCUCCUUUAGUCUGGAAGACAUUACUGCCACCGUUACCUUUCUUUCUGGCCUUGUGACACAGUCUUCAUCAUUUGAACCAAGUGAAGGAACCAGUCUUGACCUACUGGAGCCACAUCCCACAGCCCCAGGCCUUCGUGGGACCAGUGAGGGGCAGCGCUCUUGGACAUCCGGCUGCAGAGCAAAAAAUGAGACCAGACAAGGACGUGGUAGAGCCCCUGUGGAGUCCUGUCGGAGGCUCCACGUCCCCAGGGCUCAAUGAAGGAUAGAGCCCUGACUCACCAAGGCAGGCGGCCAUCUCUCUGGCAGCAGAGGAGAGGACAGCCAGCCUCAGGUAGUUUGAGGCAGGUUUCGGCCUACAGCUAUGUGUUUAUGGGCAUCUCAGAAUGCCGGGUGGAGGUGGGGGCUUGGUUUUCUUCCUAGUUCUUUCAUGCUGUCUCGCUUGGAGACUGAAAGGAAGAGUACAGACUUACUGAUGACAGGUUAUAUGCUGAAGGUCACAGCAAGAUACCAGGUUUUGCCUAACUGCACAAAGGGUUGAACAGGGACAGUGCAGAACCCCCACUGUGGAACUACUCCAGUUUGAGUUCCAGGGUAAGAGGCAUCAAUGGAACUCUCCUCAGGAUUUGAGUAAAGAAAGACAAUCACGUAAGAAUAAAAGUACAGACCUCUGCCAGUAAGGCAGACACCUUUCUACUCUGUACAGCCAGCCUAGUGCCUGUGAUAGCCCCGUCUCCUCUGGUAGUUAGUUUUCUCCCAGGGUUGGGGUUUGCUUGGCUGCCCAGAGAAACCUCAGUGUUCCCUGCUCCCAAGGACUGCAGCCUCCAGACCAGCUGUGGUGCAUGCAGAUGUUCACAGGGAGGGGUUGCCAGAACCUCAGCAUUUGCAGAGUGAACUUUUUCGGAGUUUUCUAACCCCACUGGCAUUUUUUUUUGCAGAGAAAGCAGGAGCUAGUGCUGGAAGCCUCUCCAGCUUCUGGUGUUGAUCUACAGAGCAGGCUGAAUAACACUAGCUCACUGCCAAGGAAGUCCUGCAUCAAGAGUCCCAUCCCCAGGUUAGCACAAAAGCAGGGGCUGGACCAGGCUCAUUGCACCUGCCUACGCAGGUCACAGAACCACCAAAUGCUUACUAAAGAGGACUCAGGGCUUUUAAUCCAGUUUCCAUAAAUCACCCAUUUGACCAAAGCAGCCAGAAACACCAGAGUCUGGCAUCACAUGAACCUUGCAGAUACAGGAACCCUCCACAGUGGUGCAAGUGGAGUGGCCCUAUUUGGAUUUAGAGAUACGUUCAACUCUUCAAAGUUAAAUAGUGAAGCACCUUCUACUGGCAGGUGUUUGCUCAUCAAGUACACAACCCUGAUUUAGAUUUUACAGCCUCAUCCCAGUGAAUCGCUUAAAGCUAUGUCAGUUUAGAGCCAAGCCUUGGUUCAGAACAACUACCUUACAGAGAUGGGCUAGGCCAUCUACAUAUAUCUGUAUAACUGGGGUUUAGUUCUAGUAUAUUUACCCUUCGGCCUAUAUCAGAGACCAUAUUCUCUCUCAUGCAGGUGAAAGGUCUGGAAGGUACGGGAAUCAGAUCUUAAGUUCAGUUCUGAACCAGUUAUCAAAGUAAGCAAGGCAGAGAGAGAUCCUGCGGCCACUUUAAAAGAGAAGGGGGAGGCACCCAAGCUCAGGAAACAGGAGCAGAUCACUAAGUCCACGUGCCAUGGAGCACAUGGAGGAGACACUCAUCGUCAGUGGGGAUUGAUGUCCUCAGACAGCACAGUAACUGUGUUCGUAACCUGGGCAGUACUUUUCAUGAAACACAGUUUUGUUCAUUAGGAAAACUGUGACAAAACCACCUUGUUUUCCUAGAAUUUACCAGAUUAACGUUUCCAUCUUUACCAUCUUAGGUCCUUCCUCACAGACUAGUCCUAAGCUGCAGGUUCUGUGUGCAUGUCUAUCACCUGCUCUUUGGGGUCAAGUGGCAGUGGACUUCCAGCAACCUGGUAACGGUCACAAAUGAAGCCGUGACCUCUCUGCCACACUGUCACUUAACUGUUUCUCAUUAAUUUAAAUGUUAGAGAAGACAGCCCCACCACAAAAGGGCAUAAUGAGAACUGCCUACGUACUGACUUAGCGGAACAAGAUUGCAUUUUAUAGCAGAGAGAACUUCAAACCAACACACAGACUUUCACAGAGAAUGAAAGGACCAUCUACAAUUGUGCUAAUAUAGAAUGAAACUUUGCUCCUGACUCUUUAAAACCACUUGCUGGCCAAAUACCCAUUUCUCUGAUAAUAGGACCAUUACUGCUACCAGAAAAGUCUUAUUUUGCCUGCAUUUGCUUCUCGUUAAACUGUAAAGCAGAAAUAUUUGGGAGUCUGUGGCUUCUUUAAACCUGUGUGGUAAUUCAAUAUUACAUUUAUAACUGUGGAAGGGUCUUUGAAGUAUCUGUGGUGUACUGAAUGGCCUUUGUUAAACAUGUAUUCUGUAAAGUGCCAUAGUCUUUUUUUAUGUGUGGCAUAUUUAAGGAUAUAUAUUAUACAUAUACAAAUCUGUCUAAUAAUAGAUGUGCAAUAACCAAGGUGUAUGUACGUUUUCUUUGGGGAAACUGGACAAGAUUCAAACCAGGGAUGUUUCUUUUUGGGCAAAGGAGAGUUAGGCAUUUUUGCCUUUGUGGCUAGUCACUAGUCUGUAACAUUUUUAAUGCUAUACAAACCUUAUGUGAAGAAAAGACUGGUAUGAAGCAAUUUUCUCCCGGGCCUAAGCUAAAACAAUCACUCUAUUUAUGGAGAGUUGAUUCAGCGAGCCAGGCCCAGCCAGUGCCGGUCUUCCGUGUGAAAUGUGAAGCUGCGUGUUGCCUCUUCUGUCAGCCUGAACAGUAGAUGCUGGGUGUAGACUGAGCAGCGAUUUCUUACUAUGCUUUUAUAGACCAUGGUAACACUAGACCACUAUCUCCAAGGGCUGGUCUCACACCUUCUUAGCCGUAAGAGUCUGGCUUAAGACAGACCAUUCCGUGCAAUAACACAUGGCUGCUGGAAAUCCCAGGCCUGUAUUUGUGUUUUGGGGAGCAAAGACUCCCAAGGCCAAAAGAGUUCAAGGGAUGUGUUGGGGCUUCUGAGACUGUGGGAAUCUUCUUCCAUAGCUGAAUGGGUCCUUGGGUGCUUUGAAGGAACUCUGGCCCCGCUUGAUGUUUAAUAGCCACUCGAGCCAAAUAUAAAAUUGUACUUAGAGCUGAUAGACUCAGUCGGAGCCUUCAAUGUGUGCUUGAUCCUAUUACAUGUAAACUAAUACACUGCUUGUCUAGCACUGAUUAGGAUUCUGUACUUAAGGAUUUUCACAAUGUCUUCCCUUGCCCUCUUGAGGUCUCAAUUAAAUCCAAUUUUGCAAACUCA